AACAUCUUCAGAGGAACAAAAGAUUAUGAAGAUGAAAUCACCGCUAAAAGGGUCAAGUGAAUGUAAAAAAUGUAGUUCACCAAAACAGACGACGCGAAGUCAAAAAAAUUCUGUACAAGGUCAAGGAUCUAGUGUUAAAUUAAAAAUUCCUUUUGAAGCAGUGCGAAGAAGAAAGUCCAUAAAGUUAGGUCGAGAACGAACUUUUGUGAGAAAGAAAAGUUUUUUAAAGAAAGGUGAUGGGUUCUCUGCCAGAAGACCGCUUCACGAAACUAAGAGAACCGAGAAAGACGACAGUUUAGAAACUAAGGCAACAGAUACAGGAAGGACGAGGAGUACUACAUUCGGCAAGAAAUUGAAUGAUAACAGUGGAAGGAUUUCAUUAGAUGAAAAGAAGGAUAAUGUUAAUCCCACAUUUUUAUUAGGUGAAACCGCAGGAAUGAAAUAUUCAAGAAAGGCAACUAGAGAUACAUGCUCUGGACCGGUAAUUACGAGAAAAGCACAUAGUAAAGUGCCUGCUUUUGACAACAGUGAAUCGACGGAUCCUCGAUCAAGACGACGAUGGAGUGAAAACGGAGUUCAGACUUAUGAAGGAAUGAUCUUUUCGACCAUGUUUGCGUUUUCGGAAGAACUAAAGGAAUCAAGCGAUAUCAUUCAUUCAAAAUUACAAGCAUUGUACGAUUCCACUAAUAAGAGCAAAGCGUGCUCCAUGUUUUCCAAGAAAUCAAAUGGUCGGUCAAAAGAGUGGCGGCAAAAUAAUCGUGAACUAUUAGACAGUGGAAGUCAGGAAAUCGCAGGAACCUUUAGCAACUUGAGAAAAGUGGAAUCAAAUCUUAAGACCGUUGAUCAGGCAGUGUCGAUUCUACUUAAAGAAAAAUCCAGAACUAAAGAAAGAAUAACGGGUUUUUCAAAGCCAAGUUGAGAAGAUUUCCUUAUGACGGUAAUCUUUAGCAAUUCUCUCGCUUAGCCAGUUUUGUGUUUAUAUAAGUGACCUUUUUAAAUCCAAUAGAUUAUCAAGCUUGUUGAUAAAAAUUAAAAGUGAUCCUAAUUUAAAACUCAGCAUCCAAUAUGGUAUAACAACUGCCUAAAAUAGACAAAAAACACUUCUCGACGUUUCGACCUGAGGGCCUUCGUCAGGAGAGUUGACUAACUCUAUCUUAGGCAGAUGUUAUACCACAUUUGAUGCUUAGUUUUUUGAAGACGCUGCCAUGCACGCUGCUCCCUGCCUGGUUAUCAUUUAAAACUCCCCUAUUUAAUUAGUCCAAAUGUUAUUAUGCCAAAAUGUUUGAAAAAAAUUAAAGAAACCUUAGCGUUUAUAGUCCAAAACCGUCCACUAUAGUAAUAUAUAGAUAUGCAAGAA